GAGGAGACCUGCAAACACUGUGUUUGGGAACUCCAAUUCUCUACCUAUUUGUUUGUGUGGGUUAAUGGAUUUUUAGUACAAACAAAGCCCAAACUCAGCUGACUCGAACGACUGGAAUUUCAGCUCUCCUCCUUGGAUGGGAUGCGUUUGCUUCCUUUUCCUCUGACAACUCUUUGAGGCUGAUUACCAGGUUAGCGGCCAGCCCUCUACUUCCAAGGGUGGCCAGCCCUUGGCUCGGAAAGAAACCCAGGAUCUGAUUAGGAAGGCACUUGGGAGGCACAUUAAUCUUGCCGGCGUUGUCAGGAAUGAUCAGCGAGUUUUAUUAAAAAGCCCCGAUUGCCUGAAAGGCCUCCUUGUCUGAAUCUGAAUGGAAGGAGCAUGUUAAGAUCUUGGGGCACGCUGUCGGGACCCUUAGUCUUGCCCCCUGGACCUCAAGCUGACACUUGGGGAAGAAGUGCAGGAACCUUGCUUUGCUGAACAGACUUUGCCUGUGCACAGAGCUGGCCCUGGCAUCAUGCACUCUCCAGGCUGCACUGGGCCCAAGGCUCUGUUGUUCUUGCUGCUCCAGCUGCUUCUGCUGCACCUGGGCCCGGCCAGUGUCACCUUCAUCAGCAUCAACCGGGGCCUGAGGGUGAUGAAGGGUGGUUCUGCCUUCCUGUCUGGAGAUCACCUGAGGUUUGGCGUCCCUAAAGAGAAGGAUGCCUGCAGAGUGGAGGUGGUGAUGAAUGAGCCCAUAACCCAGAGGGUUGGGAAACUCACUCCACAGGUCUUUGAUUGUCAUUUUCUUCCCAACGAAGUCAAGUAUGUUCACAAUGGAUGCCCAAUUCUGGACGAAGACUCUGUGAAGCUUCGACUUUACAGGUUUACUGAAACAGACACCUUCGUGGAAACCUUUCUCUUGCGGGUUUAUCUCGUGGAGCCAGACUGUAACAUCAUCAGUAUGAGCAGUGAUGCGUUGGAAGUGACUGAAUUCUAUGGCUUAUCACAAGCCAUUGAUAAGAACCUGCUCCAAUUUGAUUAUGAUAGGACAGCCGGCCUGGAUUGCACCAUCAGACUAGACCCAGUGAGGACUCCGCUGCCAGCCCACGGCAAGCUGGUUGUGGUGAAUCGUAAGUCAGAGGGGCCUCGUGGUGAUCAGCCACACAGCUUCUUCUCUGAGACAGAGCUAGGGGCAGGACUAAAGUGUCCGGAUGGAAGCUGUGCCCUGGAAUUAAAGCAAGUGGCGAGUCUGAAAGUGAGCUGUGAGGAGUUCUUGCUGACCGGGUUUCACUACCAACACAUGCGGCCCCCUUCACCCAACAUUGAUUACAUCCCCAUUCAGUUGGAUCUCACGGACAGAAGGAGUAAAACCGUAUACAAGUCAGAGAGUGUGUGGUUGCCUGUCUAUAUCAGAGUUGGCAUUCCCAACCAGGUCCCAAGGGCUGCGUUUAUGGCCAUGUUUGUUCUCGAGGUGGACCAGUUCAUACUGACCCCCCUGACAACCUCCGUUCUGGACUGUGAGGAGGAUGAGACUCCGAAACCCUUGUUGGUGUUUAACAUCACUAAAGCCCCACUCCAGGGCUAUGUGACCCACCUGCUGGAUCAUACCAGACCCAUCUCGUCAUUCACCUGGAAGGACCUCAGUGACAUGCAAGUUGCCUACCAGCCACCAAACAGCAGCCACCCCGAGAGGAGACAUUACAAGAUGGAGCUGGAGGUGUAUGACUUCUUCUUUGAGAGGAGUGCCCCCAUCACUGUCCACAUCUCCAUCAGAACCGCAGACACGAAUGCACCUCGGGUGUCCUGGAAUACAGGUUUGAAUCUCCUGGAAGGGCAGUCUCGGGCCAUCACCUGGGAACAAUUUCAGAUUGUUGACAAUGAUGAUAUUGGUGCUGUGCGGUUGGUCACCAUUGGUGGCUUGCAGCAUGGACGGCUUACAGUAAGAGAGGGGAAAGGAUUUCUCUUCACCGUGGCUGACCUUCAGGCUGGAGUUGUCCGCUAUCACCACGAUGACAGUGACACCACCAAAGACUUUGUGGCUUUCAGGAUAUUCGACGGCCACCACAGCAGCCACCACAAGUUUCCUAUCAACAUCUUGCCUAAAGAUGACAGCCCCCCAUUCCUCAUCACCAAUGUUGCGAUUGAACUGGAAGAGGGGAAGACCAUCUUGAUCCAAGGGUCCAUGCUGAAAGCUUCAGAUAUGGACUCCAGUGAUGACUAUAUCUUCUUUAAUAUCACAAAGUUCCCACAGGCUGGGGAGAUCAUGAAGAAGCCAGGGCCAAGACUGAUAGGGUACCCUGUGUCUGGCUUCCUGCAGAGAGACCUGUUCCGUGGAAUCAUUUACUAUCGUCACUUUGGUGGAGAAAUCUUUGAAGAUUCUUUUGAAUUUGUCCUGUGGGACAGCCAUGAACCUCCAAAUCUCUCAGUGCCACAGGUGGUGACGAUUCAUAUCACCCCAGUAGAUGACCAGCUUCCUAAAGAAGCUCCUGGCAUUUCCCGGCAUUUGGUUGUCAAGGAAACAGAGGUGGCCUACAUCACUAAAAAGCACCUACAUUUCCUAGACAUGGAAUCCCGUGAUGGGGAACUCAUCUACACAGUAACUCGCCCUCCGUGUUUCUCCUUCAGCCACAGACACUUGGAUGCUGGGAAGCUAUUCAUGGUGGACAGCAUACCAAAGCUAACCAAAACUCCAGCAGCCCCAGGGCUAAGUUCAUUUACUCAGCAUGCCGUGAACCAUAUGAAAGUGGCCUACAUGCCACCCAUGCAAGAUGUAGGCCCCUUCCCUCGACAUGUGCAGUUCACGGUGUCCGUCAGUAACCAGCGUGGAGGUACUUUGCAUGGAAUCUGCUUCAACAUCACGAUUCUCCCAGUGGACAACCAGGUUCCCGAGGUAUUCACCAACACCCUGAGAGUGGGCGAGGGCGGUCAGUGCACCAUCAGCACAGAACACAUUUUGGUUUCUGAUGUGGACACCCCACUGGACAGCAUCUGCCUCUCUCUUCAGGAGAAGCCUCUGCAUGGUGGGGUAGAGCUGGAUGGAUUUCCUCUAAACCCAAGAGGCACAUUUUCUUGGCAAGACCUCCAUACCUUAAAAGUUAGGUAUCAACAUGAUGGAUCUGAGGUUCUUCAGGAUAAGAUAUUCUUGGAGAUCACAGAUGGCACAAAUUCAGCAGAAUUUGUUCUCCACAUUGAGGUAUUCCCUGUGAAUGAUGAGCCACCUGUUCUGAAGGCUGACCUUAUCCCCAUGAUGCACUGCUCAGAGGGUGGAGAGGUGACCAUCACCCCUGAAUACAUUUUCGCUACUGAUGCAGACAGCGAUGACUUGGAACUGCUAUUUCUGAUUGCCCGAGAGCCUCAGCAUGGAGUGGUGAGAAAGGCUGGACUCCAUGUGGACAGGUUCUCUCAGGGAGAUGUCAUCUCAGGGGCUGUGACAUACAAGCAUACAGGUGGCGAGAUUGGCCUUGAACCUUGUUCUGACACUGUUGUAUUGGUGGUUUCGGAUGGUGAAGCUGACCCUUUGAUGAAUGGCUGUUGCUACGAUGGACCUGAUUCAUCUGUUCCUCUUCAUAAGUCCUUUCCCACAUACCAGCUCAACAUCACAGUGCAUCCAGUCGACAACCAGCCACCUUCCAUUAUAAUAGGUAGGAUGCUCACAGUGGAUGAAGGCUUCUCUGCAGCCCUUACUACUCAUCACUUGACCGUCGUUGACCGGGACACUGCCCCGGAUGACUUAGAAUUCAUUUUGGCUUCUCACCCCCAGUUCGGCUACCUAGAAAACACGCUGCCUUCUGCAGGCUUUGAGAAAAGUAAUAUGGGCAUAAGCAUAGCCUCAUUCCAGUGGACAGACAUGAAGGCUUCGCACAUUAACUAUGUGCAGUCCAGGCACCUGAGGGUGGAACCAACUGCUGACCAGUUCAUGGUGUAUGCCACAGACGGGAAGCACCGCUCCUUGGAGACAACAUUUCAUGUUAUCAUCAACCCCACAAACGAUGAAGUUCCUGACCUUGUGGUACAGAAUAUCACUGUGUAUGAGGGUCACAUGAUAGAACUGGAUUCUUCCAUCAUCAGCGCUACUGACAGGGAUGUUCCCAAGGACCCCUUGCUCUUCAGCAUCGCUCUCAAGCCCCAGCAUGGCCUCCUCAUCGAUGCGGCCAUCAGCAAGGACUCUCAUCAGAUCAAGCAGCUGCAACAUGAAAUUCACAGCUUCUCUGUGGACCUUCUCAAGAAUGGAAUGAAGCUGGCCUACGCCCACGACGACUCGGAGAGCGUUGCUGAUAACUUCGUGAUCCGGUUGUCAGACGGGAAACAUAAAAUCCUUAAAACCAUCUCAGUAAACAUCACCCCAGUGAAUGAUGAGACACCAGCGCUAAGCAAGAAGGCUGAAGUCUCAAUGGCUGUGGGCGAUACUCGAAUUCUGUCCAGAGCUGUUCUUUCAGCCAUAGAUAAAGACUCGCCCAGGGAGAAGAUUCACUAUGUAUUUGAAAGACUUCCCCAAAACGGACAACUUCAACUUAAGAUAGGGAGGGACUGGGUCCCUCUCUCUGCUGGCAUGCAGUGCACCCAGGAGGAUGUGGACCUGAACUUGCUAAGAUACACGAAUGCUGGUAAGACGGAUUCCCAGGAUGGGGACAGCUUCACCUUCUACCUCUGGGAUGAGGACAACAGGUCACCUGCAUUUGACUGUCACAUCAUUAUUGAAGACACGGGAAAAGGUGAUAUUGUCAUUCAUGCAAAACCACUCGUGGUGGCCAAAGGUGACAGAGGUCUCUUGACGACUGCCACCCUUCUGGCUGUGGACGGAUCAGACAAGCCCGAGGAACUGCUCUACCUCAUCACCUCCCCACCACAGCAUGGCCAAGUGGAGUACGUCCACUCUCCUGGAGUCCCCAUUGCCAGCUUCAGCCAAAUGGACAUAGCAGGACAGACAGUGUGCUACACACACAGGAGCAGGACAGCCGUCCCCAGUGACAGCUUCAGAUUUACCAUCAGCAAUGGACUGCAGACCCAGCAUGGAGUGUUUGAGAUCACGCUGCAGACUGUGGACAACGCCUUGCCUGUGCUGACCAAGAACAAAAGGCUGAGGCUAGCGGAAGGGGCCAUGGGCCUCCUGUCCGCUGAUCACCUUCAGCUGACUGACCCUGACACACCUCCAGAGAACCUGACCUUCUUUCUGGCCCAGCUCCCACGCCACGGGUACCUCUACCUGAGAGGGAAAGCACUCCAGCACAACUUCACCCAGGGAGAUGUGGACAGCGGGGGUGUGGCCUACCAGCACUCAGGGGGCGGCACCCAGGAGGACUGCUUUACUUUUCUAGCCACAGACAGGAAGAACCAAGGCUUUGUUGUGGAUGGGAAAGUUCAGAAAGAGCCUGUUCGCUUCACUAUCCAGGUGGAUCCGCUGGACAAGGCAGCGCCCCGCAUCACACACUUGCACUCCCCUACUCAAGUGGGACUCUUGAAAAAUGGCUGCUAUGGGAUUUACAUCACUUCCCAUGUGCUGAAGGCAUCAGACCCCGACACAGAGGAUGACCAGAUCAUCUUUAAGAUUUUACGAGGUCCAUUAUACGGACGUCUGGAGAACACGACAACAGGUGAAUUCAUCCACGAGCGAUUCAGCCAGAAGGACUUAAGCCGUAAGACCAUCCUUUACAUCAUAAACCCUUCUUUGCAAGUGACUUCCGAUAUCCUGGAAUUUCAGGCCAUGGACCCCACAGGGAACACUGCCACUCCUCAGAGUUUGGAGUUGAAAUGGUCAUAUAUUGAAUGGUCCCAGACUGAAUAUGAAGUUUGUGAGAAUGUGGGCGUAUUGCCCUUGGAAGUUACCAGAAGGGGAUAUCCCAUGGACUCAGCCUUUGUGGGUGUAGAGGUUAACCAAGUGUCAGCUACAGUUGGAAAAGAUUUUACUGUCACUCCAUCCAAACUGCUUCAAUUUGACCCAGGAAUGUCAACUAAGAUGUGGAAUAUAGCAAUUACCUAUGACGGAUUAGAGGAAGAUGAUGAGGUCUUUGAAGUAAUUCUGAACUCCCCUGUGAAUGCGGUUCUUGGCACACAGACAAAAGCGGCAGUGAAAAUUUUGGACUCAAAAGGAGGACGGUGCAAUCCUUCAAAUUCCUUCAACCAAAGCAAGCACAGCACGUGGGGGAAGGGCCCUUGGCAUCCGCUGCCCUCAGGCUCAUCCUCGCUCACCACUUCGGGUUCUCCUUAUCGGGAAAGGCCUCCUCCAUCUUUCACCAAUGGAGGUGCUCUUCAGGGUUUUGGUCUCACCGACCUCACUCAAAGGAAGACGACGACGACGACGACGACGACGACGACGACCCGGGGGAAUGACAGAUCAGUUCCCCCAUCCUCUCUCUGUAGAAAUGGAACAGACACCAUCUACAAUUACCAUGGUAUAGUUUCCUUGAAACUAGAGGGCGACAGACUCUCAGUUCACAAACGGAAGGCCAAAAUAUCCAUUGUUAGUCAGCCACAGAGGACAAUCAAGGUGGCAGAGCUGCCUCUAGCUGAUAAGGUGGAAUCCACAACUGAUUCGCACUUUCUCAGACAGGGUCUGCCGCCCUUGUUUCCAAAGAACUGUUCUGUGGAAUUAAAGGGACUCUUUCAUUUUGAAGAAAGCACCCAGAGGUUGUAUCAGUGUGAUGGGGUCUCCUGGAAAGCCUGGAGCUCCCAAACCAAGGGGCUGGAGGACAGAUCCUGCCCAGGUGGAUGGCUCCUUCAUUCUGGCUACUGUCACAUCUUGGUCACAAGGCAGAAAGGCACCUGGACCACAGCUACCCGAGCUUGCAGAGAACAGCACCAGGGCGACCUUGUGACCGUAUUCUCCAGAAGGCAUAUGCAGUGGCUGUGGGCGAUGAGUGGACGGAAGCCCUUCUGGAUAGGCUUGAAGAACCAAGUGCGGACUGGCCGCUGGGAGUGGAUCGGAGGUGAACCUGUUGCUUUCACCAACUGGAGGAAUGGGGCCCCUCUGCACCCGAAACCUGGAAAGAAUUGUGCGUUGGUUCAGAAAAGAGGACAAUGGCAGACAAAGAACUGUAGCAGAGGCAAGGCUCACAAUUUUGUGUGCUCAAGGAAACUCUGAACAUAACCUGGCAUUUUCUCAUCUGUCUAUUUCCAAGAUCUAUGUGUAUUGCUCCGUGGAGAUGCAUUGUUGUGUGGCUGGCUGGGCAUGUCUUUGUGAGUCUGUCAAGUGAACCUGGAAGCUAAAUCAACAGUCAGGAGAUGACUGUAUGAAUGUGCCUUUCAAGAUGAGAUAGAACUUCUGUAUCUCAAUAUUUUUCUAGAUAAAUGUCUGCAGUAUUAUAGGCUAUAAUAUUUGCUUCUCCUAGAAGAUUCACUCUUUCCUGUGCCUACUCUCAGGCUGUACAAAUAUCCAUGGACCUUAAAUGCUUUUGUCUGUAGACCUCAAAUGAGUCCACCUAGAAAGGUCAAUAUUGCAGGUGCUUCUACUACAGAGUUUGAGUGAAUAUAGUUCUGCAGAUCCAUUAAACCAAGGUUGAAUGUCAAAGGUUGGUUUAAUUUCCUUAGGCCCUUUAAAUGUGAACUUAAAACCGGAGGCUACGUGUAGACAAAGGGGAUCUGUUUUCAAUGGAAGAGUCUUUCAGGAGGAUGCUCAACUAUAUAGGUUUAGUGAGGUAGGGUCCCAGCCCUGCCUCUACUGGAGAGCUCAGAUGGAGGCAGGGCUCUGCCUCUACUAGGGAGAUCAAACCAUUCCACUCAUGAGACAUGUUACAUUCCAAUACAAUUAUGGCAUGGUGCCAUUCCUUGACUAAAUAUUGGGUUUUCACACCUUCCAAGGUCAUGUGAACUUUGAAGUAGCAAUGUCUUCAUCUCUAUUUACUAUGUUGACAAAUAUUUUUUUAAAGGAUAUAUGCAGUAAGGAGUAU